AUGCCCGCCUUUACAGAAGCCGACACGAUCCGCAUACUCGUCGCGACGGACAGCCAUGUCGGCUACAACGAGCGCGAUCCUAUCCGCGGCGACGACAGCUGGCAGAGCUUCCACGAGGUGAUGUGUCUGGCAAAAGAGCGGGAUGUAGACAUGGUGCUACUAGCUGGCGAUCUCUUCCACGAGAACAAGCCGAGUCGGAAGUCAAUGUACCAGGUUAUGCGCAGCUUGCGGAUGAACUGCUUCGGCGACAAGCCAUGCGAGCUGGAGCUGCUAAGCGACGCAAGCGAGAACAUUCAAGGGGCAUUCAACAAUGUCAACUACGAGGACCCCAACCUCAAUGUCGCGAUACCAGUGUUUUCCAUUCAUGGCAACCAUGACGACCCAUCAGGAGAAGGCCAUCUAGCCGCGCUAGACCUACUGCAGAUUUCCGGUCUUGUCAACUACUAUGGCCGCACCCCUGAAUCCGACAACAUCGUCAUCAAGCCCGUCCUUCUCCAAAAGGGCCAAACUAAGCUUGCACUGUACGGCAUGAGCAAUGUCCGAGACGAGAGGCUUUUCCGGACAUUCAGAGAUGGCAAGGUUAAGUUCUUCCAACCGAGUACACAGAAGAACGACUGGUUCAACUUGAUGAGCGUCCAUCAGAAUCAUCAUGCGCAUACGGCUACUGGAUACUUACCGGAGAACUUCCUUCCUGAGUUCUUAGACCUUGUCGUCUGGGGACACGAACACGAAUGCCUCAUCAACCCGCGCUAUAACCCCGAGAUGAACUUCCACGUUAUGCAGCCCGGCUCUUCAGUUGCAACUUCGCUUAUGCCCGGCGAAGCGGUUCCGAAACAUGUGGCCAUCUUGAGUAUCACUGGUAAGGAGUUCAAGUCUGAACCAAUUCGGCUGAAGACUGUGCGGCCUUUCGUAAUGAAGGAGAUUGUGCUAGCCGAAGAGCGGGCACUGAAGAACGUCUGGCGAAGCGACAACAACCGCGUUCAGAUUACGCGACAUUUGAUUGACAUCGUCGACGAUCUAAUCAAGGAGGCGGAGAAGGACUGGCUUGAAAUCCAGGACGGAGCGGAGCGUCAAGACGAAGAGGAGGAGCAAGAACCGCCGAAGCCGUUGAUACGCCUCCGAGUUGAGUACACGGCACCGGAGGGCGGCCGGUUCGACUGCGAGAACCCACAGCGAUUCUCAAACCGCUUCGUGGGCAGGGUUGCGAACGUGAACGACGUCGUUCAGUUUUACCGCAAGAAGGCAAGCGCCACUCGAACUAGCAAAAACGACCCGGAGAUGCCUGAGGACUCCAUUAUGGCUCAACUUGCCAUCGAUAGCGUUAAAGUCGAGAAGCUCGUCCGGGAGUUUCUCACCGCACAAUCGCUCACAAUCCUACCACAGAACUCAUUUGGCGAUGCUGUCAGCCAGUUCGUCGACAAGGACGAUAAGCAUGCGAUGGAGAUGUUCGUCAACGAAAGCUUGUCAAACCAGAUGAAGCAUCUUCUCCAGACCGAUGAAGUCGAUGAGGAAGACAUCGUCCAGGUGAUGGAUCAGUAUCGCUCAAAGCUCGAACAGAUGUUCGCAUCCGGUCAAAUCAGGAAGAACAGGAAAGCCAAGCUGAAGCCGAAACCGGAUAACUGGGACAGUGAUCUGGACGGCGAAUGGGCAGAUCAACCAGGCGCGCUGAUACACAGUGAGGGUGAGGCUGGGCAGGAGGAUGAGGAGGAAGAACUUGGCUCAAUACCUCCAAAGCCUCCAGCUGCUCGCGGCCGGGGCAAGGCGGCAGCAACGACUCGCAAAGCUGCUGCGGCGCCAAAGAAGACGCCAGCUCGGGGCGGCGCUCGGGCGAAGAAGAAGGUGGUGGAAGAUGACGAGGAUGAAGAUGAGGAUGUAGUUAUGAUUGAUGAUGACGACGAAGAGGAAGAGGAGGACGAUCUGUUCGUCAAGCCCACUCGCACGACAACCAAGAAACCUGCCGCUAAAGUCGCACCGAAGCGCGCGGCAUCUCCUGUCAGAAAGACGCCUGCAAGAGCUGCAGCUAAGAAGCAGUCUACUCUCAGCUUCUCUCAGCCGGCGACACAGGGAAGUCAGGUCAACGGAAGUAGCAGAAAGGUCCAGGAACCGAGCGACGAUGAGAUCUCGGAUGAUGAUGAUGCGUUUGAACCGCCGCCGCCGACUGCGAGGGCUACGAGGGCAAGGAGAUGA